AUGCUAGUUGUGCAAAAGCGCCUCGCAGCCCUCGCUAAUCAAGUCCGUGUUCAGUCUUUGCGUUGGCUUGCCUACAGCGCUGUCAAGAGGCGAGAACCCGGUGGCAGUAAUGAACUCGACAUCACCUGGGCGCAGCUGAAACGGCUGCAGGAUUGCAGUUCACCGUCCGAGUUAGUGGUGAUAGAUGUGCGAUGUGAGGAGGAUGCGUUUCGCCGUGGAAUCCUCAAGGGCGCCAUAAACAUCCCACUAGAUGAUCUCUACUAUGCGUUUCUGUUGCCAGAAGACAGAUUCUUGAGUAAAUAUGGCUGCCGAAAGCCCAACGAAGAUACGCAAAUUGUCCUCUACUGCAGUCACAACCGAAGAGCUCAGCUUGCUCGACGAAAGCUGGCAUAUUUUGGAAUUCCAGGUUGCAUUUGCCUGAGCGGUGGAAUAGAAGAAUUGUACAAGGAGCGGGCGAACAGUUGA